AUGUCGUUUGUUAAGCAGUACUUAUUUCCCACGACAUCAAGUGAUCGUGACGACGAAUCUGCCGGCCACCUUGUCCCAACAGGCAAUUUGAGCACUACGAAGGGUACAAAAGGAGGACUGAAGUAUCGGAUAUCUAGUCUUCUCGCCCAAGACCCCUGCUGGGAAGCUCGGCAUCGAUUCUUUGGCUCCUUUCUCCUUGCAUCGUUCUUGUUGGUACUGUAUCAAUCCAUCGUGGGGAUAGUUCUGACCGACAACGUCGCAAGAAGCAGAUCUGCCCUACUUAAGUCAGAUAAAUGUGGCCUCUAUGAGUACGACAACGAGAAAGCCGGCGAAGAAGAAGCUGUAAAGGCAGACAUGCUCAUGGUGGGAAGAGAAAGACGCGCAGCGGCCUAUGCGCAGGAGUGCUACAGUUCCGGUACUAACGUCAAAGCCACGAAUUGUGACUUCUUCUACAACUCAACUAUUGGGUAUGAAGUGCAAGAGGAUAAAUGUCCCUUCGAUAGGACCGACAUAUGCGUUGAUGGUUACCAGCCUGGCUCAGCCAUCACCUUUGAUACCAACUGGAUCGAUUCAGGGAUACUAGGUAUCAACGAGGCGUCCAUGCACAUAUUUCGACGCAAGACAACAUGCGCACCACUGAGCGCAGAUCGACCUUUCGUGCAGCACUUCACCAACAUCGGGAUGGGCGAGUCUGGAUACAAGUACUUUUAUGGAUCGCUCUACGAUACCACGAACUGCUCAGACGAAGUGCAUGCUCCUCCGCCUAUACUCUCUGACUACACUAUGCGUAUCACGGGUCAUCCAUUCGAAUGGCAAGCCCCCGUGUACAAAGUCAAUACUUACGCCACCUCCUUACUCGACCCGACGUGUGACUUCUAUCAGCCUUCAAAAGACCUGGCAGCCCCGGGCCUGUUGCCACAACGAACCAAGACGUUGACCCUCAUUUUUGUUACGGCUUUACGCAUCAUUUAUACCAAGCGCAGCAACGAUCCCAUUUUCCCCGCCGACAAAGCCUUUCAAUACCCCGGAGACAAAGGUUAUUACUACUACAACUCGCAGCCGAAAGCGCGAGCAUUCGCCUGCAUAGAUGAGACGAUCUUCUGUGCUCCGUCGGGCUCUCCGUGUUGGCAUGCAAACGACCCAAUACCAGCUGGCGGAUCGAACACAUCAUCCUAUUGGUUCUUGAAGUAUGCAUUGGAAAGCUCCAACACGUACGACGCCAUAAAGCUUCGUCUCGGUAGCGGUUUACUCGCGCAACAACGAGUUGGCCAGUCUCGAUCUAUGCCACUGGCUGACAACCAUUGGCAGCUUGAGGCUGAGCAUCUGUUUAAGACAUCUCUCGCAAGAGCCCAGUUUGAUGCGUGGAGCAUCGCGAGUGCGGAAGACCAUGACAACCCAACGUAUACCGAUACACUCCCUGAUGAAGCUAGGGGAAACAUGUGUGGACUCUUCAAAUUCCAAGCCUCCGGCUACAUCAAUAUCCGCAUGCUGCCAUUUGUAUGGCUGAUGUUAGCCUGGCCGCUCAUGUUGAUUCUGAGCAUCGAACUUAGGACCUACGAGAAGUUGGGGAAGGUUGCCAUGUCGGAGAUGAGAAGAAAUAGCAAACAGUCGGCCAAGCCCAAUUCAGAUGCGACUGCGACACCAAGAGACCCGGCUACUGCAGUUACAGAUUCAGCGACGCUAGACCAGCCGCAAGAAGCGAUUGACUCAAACGCUACAGCUACUCCCACCCCACAGCGACCAGACACGGCAAGCAGCACGACACCCCUCAUCGCCGCGUCUUCGGCAUCUGCAUCGUCUGACUUAAAUCACAACUACGGAACUUCUAGCACUCUGAGCAGUACGCCCUCGGAUCGUAGUUCUAAGACCGACAAAUCCGAAUGGUCACCUUUGUUGAUACACGGUCCAACUGUGCUAAGUGUAUGGAUGUACAAGAAGAUGAGGAGUGGGAGAAGUGAUGCAAGGGACAGCGGUGAAACAGUCUGA